GGUAGUUGGAAAGCACCCAAAUUCUCUACAUCGGUAUUGUUGGCUAUACUGCUGGAAAGCAGACGAAAGCGCUUUCAACCGAUUGAGUUACUCAAAGUUGGCCAAAUUGGCUGUGAACGUAAAAUAUGUAUAUGCGAGCGGGGUGAAGUUGUCCGCAGAGUACAGUAGUCGUAUGAUGGCGCAGCAUGUCGGCCGCUUGCAAUUCACGCCGGCAACAAUUAGAAUACUAUUUGUUUCCGCUCUCGUCGCCCAGCUAGCGAAUGUUUACGCUUUUGUCACGGUAUUGGACGACGGUAUCGUCCAACACGGGAACCACGACGACGCUUCAUUGCACGCUGUUCGAUACGUAGUGAAAUCAGCGCAUGUGAUAACGGCAUCCGCCGCUCCCAUUGCUUCGUUGUCGGUACCUUCUAACAAUUUCCUUAAUGAUCCUCUUAUUGAAUUCCUGGGUGUCGAGUUUGAUCACGAUCUCGCAGUUCGAUGGUCGUCAUCGAGUCACGACUGUCCCUUGAAUUCAAAUUACACUUUGGAUGUGAUAUGGAUUUCGUCGACGAGAGACCGCGUGGUCUUCAAGUUCCGAACAAUUCCUGAUGUGAAUGUUAUCACUGUCUAUUUUUGUCUGAAAGACGAUGAAGAUGACAAGAGAUGGAGCAAUCUUGGAAAUAUUAUUUCCGUCGAAUUUCCAAGGAAAUAUCUUCGUGCUCGCCGCGAUGCUCCAUUAUCUCCGCUCGCGCAAAUUGAGACAAAUAACUACAUGCCCUUGUUCAUCGAAGGGUUGAGGGUAGAAUCAGCCGACAAAGAACCUAGUUACAACGAGAAAGGAAUCCCCGAGAUUUUGGUAGAAACCAAUGCCGUGAUCCGUUUAUUCGGCACCGGAUUCACGCCAGACACUGUGAUCACUUUUACUGAUAUGCUAGCGAAAAGAGACACUCUUUGCGAUAAGAUCAAAAGCAAAGAAUUUCCUGUGGAAAGCAUAGAAGGCAAUACAGCAACCGUUCGUGUGGUGCUUCCCGCUUCUGUGGAGAAACCGACAUUUUACAUCUGCGCAAAACGACCGAAAUACGAACGGGAGUAUUCGAAGGAGAAUGUGCUGUUCAGACACCAAGGCACUGCCGUAUAUAAUGCUAUCGGCACAUACGAGAAAUUAUUACCGUUUUGGCUUACUAUCUUGAUCAUUCUCACUUGUCUCAGUUUAUCUGCUCUUUUCUCCGGACUCAAUCUCGGUUUAAUGGCGAUAGAUAGGACCGAAUUGAAAAUACUUGUCAACACCGGCACGGAAAAGGAGAAAAAAUAUGCGAGAACUAUACAACCAGUAAGAAAUCACGGAAAUUACCUUUUGUGCUCGAUUUUGUUUUCCAACGUUCUUGUCAACUCAGUGUUCACGAUAUUAUUGGAUGAAUUAACAUCCGGAAUUGUUGCUGUUAUCUGCUCAACAUUGGCUAUUGUGAUUUUUGGUGAAAUUUCACCACAGGCCUUUUGUAGCAGGCACGGAUUGUGUGUCGGUGCAAAGACCAUCUAUUUGACCAAGAUAACAAUGCUGCUCACUUUCCCUCUUAGUUAUCCGAUCAGCAAAAUUCUAGAUUGUAUGCUUGGAGAAGAAAUUGGAAAUGUGUAUAAUCGGGAACGUUUGAAAGAACUAGUCAAGGUAACGAAUGAAUACAACGAUUUAGAGAAAGAUGAAGUAAAUAUAAUUGCAGGAGCGUUAGAACUGCGGAAGAAGACCGUGACAGAUGUAAUGACUAAAAUUGAAGAUGUAUAUAUGUUGAACUAUAACGCUAUUUUAGACUUCGAAACUGUGUCUGAGAUUAUGAAAUCAGGAUAUUCGCGUAUACCAGUAUACGAAAAUGUAAGAACAAACAUAGUAACGAUGUUGUAUAUCAAAGAUCUCGCAUUUGUCGAUCCCGACGAUAACAUGCCACUCAAAACACUUUGCCAAUUUUAUCAAAAUCCGUGCAAUUUUGUUUUUGAAGAUGUCACGUUGGAUAUCAUGUUCAAACAGUUUAAAGAAGGUAAUAAAGGUCACAUGGCUUUCGUGCAAAGAGUAAAUAACGAAGGCGAAGGUGAUCCGUUUUACGAAGUAAUUGGAUUGGUUACAUUGGAAGACGUUAUCGAGGAAUUAAUUCAAGCUGAAAUUAUGGACGAGACAGAUGUAUUCACGGAUAACAGAAGCAAACGUAAGAGGCAGGUUCGUUCAAAAGUGCCAACAGACUUUACUAUCUUCGCGGAGAGAAAAGAAAAUCAACGAAUUCACAUUUCACCACAAUUGACAUUAGCGAUGUUCCAGUAUUUAUCUACAGCUGUGGACUCGUUCAAAAAGGAUGUUAUAUCAGAAACGAUCUUACGGCGUUUAUUGAAGCAAGAUAUUAUUUAUCAUAUCAAAGUAAAAUCGCGCGAGAAAGCCAAAACUGAUCCUGCCGCCGUAAUUUAUCAACAAGGGAAAGCGGUCGAUUACUUCGUGUUAAUCUUGGAAGGUCGCGUUGAAGUAAUGCUCGGCAAAGAAAAUAUGAUGUUCGAAAGCGGUCCUUUUACAUAUUUCGGAUCACAAGCUCUCACUGCUAAUAUCGGAAUGGCCGAAUCGCCUACGAAUGCGAAUCCACAAACGAUUGGAAGUAUUCAGUCUGUUAAUUUGGAUUCUAUGUUGCGUCAUACUUUUAUACCGGACUAUACCGUGCGUGCAGUGACCGAAGUAUUCUACGUAAAGAUUAAGAGAUCUCUAUAUCUUGCCGCAAAACGCGCAACACUUUUGGAGAGAAGUCAAAAAGACCCAUUACCUAGUCAUGAACAAUUCGACGAUGAAGUGGAGAAGUUGUUGCAUUCUCUGGAGGAAGACGAUCGUAGUGUACCUGAUUCUCCGAUAUUAACUGCAGAUAAAACUGCGGAGAAUGAAAAAGGAAAAGAUGCUGUUAAUCAUUCACCUAUACGCAGCGUGACGGCGCCGACAUCGCCGCUUCCGGUCAGCUCCAGCCCAGUCCCCAACUCCAAAUUUGUCUCACCGCGAAACGACGGGAAAACGAAAACUUUAUCACCCAAGGCACAAACGAGUCCAGUAGAAGCUCAUCAGAUUAAACGUGAUUCGCUAAAUGUGCUGGAUGCAGAUGUUCUUACUCGUCAAUCCGAAGCAGCGCGGAUAUUGUCUACGAAAAAAAUGAGCGACGACGAAGAACGAAUUAAUCUUUUACCCAAACCAGAUAACUCUUAACACUUACAGAACGGCCGACGAAGUUCGAUUCUGUCGGUGAGAUAACGUCAAGAACAUCGAAUUACACGUACAGUAGGACAUACUGGCAUGACAUUAUAUUGCUACUGUGGCACUAGAUACUUCACGCAUUAUUUAAAUAUUUAUGAGAAAAGUACUUAUAUUUUUAGCAAUUGGCUCAGAGACUGUACCCGACACUGAUUUUCAUACAUUGCUAAUUGUUUGGUAGAAUGUGUGAAAACUCUUUCUCUUUUUUCUUCUAUCUCUUGUUUUAGCUGUAGUUUAUACUUAAAAAAAGAACAUGUAGUAAAAGUACGAAGUUAAUUGUCAUCAAGAACAUUGUAUACAGUAAAACUCCAGUAAUUUCGAACACUACAAUUUCUCCUUGAUAGGCGGGCCAAUAGUUUCCCCCACUAUUCAUGAUUCCCCGAUAUUCUUGAGUGAUUGCGCAACUCGUAGAAUGCGCAGAUAACAAAGAGAGAAACACGAUGACUGCAUCUUUUGUCUCUUGCUACCAGUUGGUCGCUCGGAAAGGGAAAAAAAUAAUUUCGAAUUCUAGGAAGAAUCAGUUCCAUGUGCUCGAAAUUACUGGAGUUCUACUGUAGAUAAUAAUAAUCAUGAUAAAUUAUCAAGAUAAAUCAUGAUAUUGCAGACUUUAUUUUUCUAAAGCUUAUCAGAUGAAGAAAAAAAGAUAGUGCAUAAAAGAAUUGCUUUAGUAGUACGUUGAUUCUGAUACUUUUGAACUGAAGAAUAUUGAACUUUUUUAACUCGAUAUAUUGAACUUCCAUUUUGUAGUUGUAAAUGUACAUAUAUAUCAACGAUUUUUCUGCCUUUUUAAAUAUAUCUUUUUAUAUAUUUCUAUAGAUUGUCUCUGGUAUGUGUAAUGAAAAAUACAUGCUGGGUACAGUUUUUAGCUAAUCCGGAAAAAAGUGAUAAAAACUAUGCUGUAAUAAUUGCCUUCAUAUUAUUUUGAACAUAUAUUUUAGUAUAACAAUUUGUUAUGUAUGCAGAAUGCGACUGGAUAGUUGAUAUAAACAACAAAAGAGUGAUCGUGUAAACUUAAGUCGACAAUGUGAAGUGAAAAUUUUGUUGCGGAAAAAGAUGAGUUUUGACAAGAAGCUUUGAUUUUGAAAAUUUAAAAUGAAAGUUUAAUAUUUACUUUUUUGUUGUGCGCUUAUUCUCUAAUCUCUAAUGAUAUAUGAUCAAGAUUAUUAAAGAUUAUCUAAGCGUAAAACAAAGUAAAUAAUAUGUAUAUGUAAUUUUGCACAAAAACAUUUUAAUUUUUUUUUUUUCUACUUAUUUUUGCACAAAAAUUAAUUUUUUGUUCUUGUACCAUUUGUCCUGCUGCAUUCUGUAUACAGAAUAAACAUGAGAUUCAACGACGCGAUCAGCAGAAACAAGUUUAUAUAUAGAUAUACAUAUAUAUGUGUAUACAGGGUGUCCCAGAAUUGGUGUGACAUCUCUCGUAAGCAGGGA